AGAAACAGAAAACUUUAGGGGGGUUUUUGUAGAAAAAAAAAAUAUGGGAAAGGUGUUGCACAGAAAUCUUAGGAUAAACUAGGCAGAGGGCAGAGAGGAUAAUCACCUCACCACCAGUCAGCAUUCUUAAUUCCAAGACGAUCAAGUCGAGCAAGGCUGCAACAGGAGCUGAAACGUCGUCGUAUCUGGAGCUAAAGAAAACUUGCAAGGCUCAUCAAAAUCAAAAUUGAAGCACCAGAAUUGAAUAAUUGAUAGAAAGAGGAGGAGGAAGAAGAAGAUGAGGCCAGUUUGCCCAUUUGUGAAAGCCGCUCGGCCAUCAGAGCCAAGCAAGAAAGAGACCUCAGCUGACACCGCUACAAUUUCCCCUAAAUGCCCCUUGGGUUACGAUUCUCAGACAUUCAAGCUUGGCCCUCUCAGCUGUAUCAUAUGCCACGCCCUUCUGUUCGACUCUGCCAAAUGCGUCCCUUGUUCUCACUCGUUCUGCAAAGCUUGUAUUUCAAGAUUCAAGGACUGUCCUUUGUGUGGAGCUGACAUUGAGAAGAUCGAAGCCGACACCAAUCUUCAGAAUUUGGUGGAUCGCUUUAUCGAAGGUCAUGCAAGAAUCAAGAGGUCUCAUAAUGCAGAGGAUAAACAAGAUUCAACCCCUGAAAGCAACAGCAAUGAUGAUAAUAAUAAUAGCAAGAGAGUUAUAUAUGAAGACGUGUCUUUGGAGAGAGGGGCUUUCUUGGUGCAGCAAGCAAUGAGGGCAUUCCGAGCCCAGAAUAUAGAAAGUGCCAAAUCAAGACUUAGUCUUUGUGCAGAAGACAUCAGAGGUCAGUUAGAAACUAUGGGUAACACGUCAGAGUUGUGUUCUCAGCUUGGAGCGGUUCUCGGAAUGCUUGGCGACUGCUGGUUUGUCCUCUGUCUUCCCAAUCUUUAUAUAUGUGUGAUGAAAGUAUGUAUGCAUGUAUUAUGUAUACAAUAACGUUUCAGAGGCAGAGAAUUUGACAUGUUACAUGUUGCUGAAUGACAGUAUGGCAAGAGAAUAUUUUGUAUAGAUAGGUAUUUUGUGAAUUAGAAUUUUUAACAUAUCAUGGUAUGCAUUUAGAUGGUUAAUAAUGUUAGUGAUAGAUAGUGUAUCUUAGCUUUUAUCUGAAAAGUUUACCUGCAAUGAUAGUACAUGAAUAAAGAAUGAACGACAGUUAUGUCCAAUGGCUACUAGCACUAGCUAAGCAUGUUUCAUUCAAUCUAUUGGUUCUGAAGUACACCAAACUGGUGGAGAAAGCCUUACAGGAUUAGAAUUUGGAAUUGCAUUCUAGAAUGCAUGGGAAUUUAAUUUCUUUGUUGGUUUUCCUUUCAAACUGUUUCUCUAUAAGUGAACAAAAUUUCUGGUCUCUCUCUUCUCAUCACCACCAAACGUAGGUUUUCCUCAAAGUUUGCCACCCAACAUCUGCGUAGGUUGUAAUAAAACAAAAACUGUGGUUUGUAUAGAGAGACACCCUAAAUAUUGAUUUCAUCAAAGUUUGCCACCCAACACUGGAUGGGAUACUAACUACCUCAUAUAGUAUCACCAAUACUGGAUGGGAUUGAAAUUUAUAUGUCUAAAUUAUGUAUAAUUUGAUUUGUCGUGUUUUACAGUACUCAAUUAGAAGAAAAAAACCUAGAGAAUGUGAAAGAGGGAGGUGCUUGGGAUGUUGUGUCAGCUUUAAUUUUCAAGGGGAAGAUGUAUCUAUGGAGAGGUCUCCAUUUAAUACAAGUAAUUGGGAGCUGUGCAAAAUAAAUAGACCAAAUUAAGUAUAAAAAAAAAUAAAUUGAAGUUGAAAAUUAUGACAUUUAUUAUGCUGCAGGAAACAAUUUGAUUUUCAACAAAUUGAAAAAUUAACGACAACCCAAAUUAAACUCUUGAGCAAACUACGACUUCAAACACUGCACCGACUAUGCCUACCCCCUAACAAAUUCGUAUCAUAGAAACUAGCGAACCCCGUACUGUAUCGCUGCCCGUACCAUGUAA